GGCUCUGGGGCGUCGCGUGACGCUAGCCGGACGAGCCGUCACGUGACACGGAAGUGACUCCGAACAGGAAGAGGACGAAAAAAAUAACCGUCCGCCACACCGAGCCGAACCCGACCCGCAGCUACCAUGAACAGCAAAGGGCAAUAUCCAACACAGCCAACCUACCCGGUGCAGCCUCCUGGGAAUCCAGUGUACCCUCAGGCCCUGCAUCUUCCUCAGGCUCCGCCCUAUACUGAUGCUCCACCUGCCUACUCAGAGCUCUAUCGUCCGAGCUUUGUGCACCCAGGGGCUGCCACAGUGCCCACCAUGUCAGCUGCAUUUCCUGGUGCCUCACUUUAUCUUCCCAUGGCCCAGUCAGUGGCUGUUGGGCCUUUAGGUUCUACAAUCCCCAUGGCUUAUUAUCCAGUUGGUCCCAUCUACCCACCAGGUUCAGCAGUGCUGGUGGAAGGAGGAUAUGAUGCGGGUGCCAGAUUUGGAGCUGGGGCUACUGCUGGCAAUAUUCCUCCUCCACCCCCUGGAUGUCCUCCCAAUGCUGCUCAGCUUGCAGUCAUGCAGGGAGCCAAUGUCCUUGUAACUCAGCGGAAGGGAAAUUUCUUCAUGGGAGGCUCAGAUGGUGGCUACACCAUCUGGUGAAGAACCAAGGCCACCUCUGUGCCGUGAAAGACAUCACAUACCUUCAGCACUUCUCACAAUGUAACUGCUUUAGUCAUAUUAACCUGAAGUUGCAGUUUAGACACAUGUUGUUGGGGUGUCUUUCUGGUGCCCAAACUUUCAGGCACUU